CGUUUUCCAAAAAUUUGCAUAAUCUGGAGGAUUACGCUGGCCAAUCAGCUGGGAUUAUUACCAAAACAUGACUAGAUGAUCGCUCGACCGACUGCGGGUGAUGCAGGUCACACAGGGACGAAACUUUGCCAUCAAAAACAGCUUUCAGCCGGCUCGUUGAACGUCUGCCAGGGGAGACCAUGGCCACGAUCGCCGUGCAGAGGCUGCUGGGCGCCCUGCGCGGGCUGGCGGGCUGGUGGUGGGGUCACGCCGCGGCGGAGACGGGCGAGCUCCACUCUUUACAGGAUGCUCUGCUGCAGCUAAGUGGUGUGAUUGACCUUGAUGGGCUCAGGAGAGCGGUGGAGGAAGCCAUCGGGACGAUCAUCCCAAAUGUGCAUGCCACAGCUGUCUACCUGCUUGACUUGGAUUCCAGGCAGUUGUGUUGCCAUGGCAACAGGCUACCAGUGCUUCCUGCUGAAGGAAUCAUUCAGGAAGCUGUGAGUCAGCAGCAAUGUCUGACCAGAGUCCACCCCCCACCUGAUGACCCAGUGUGCAGAGUUCUACAGCUCAGCCAGUGUGAGGAGGACAUUACAGUAAUCUGCUAUCCUGUGCUGGACAGAGAAGGCAGUGAACUCCUGGCAAUACUGUUG